UAAUGUUAAAUGGAAAAUUUGAUUUCAAUCGUUAUCUGAUUGCAUGUAAAAUGGACAUAAUCGCAAUUAUCAUCGACAACAGCAUCGAACGAUCUACUAAGGAAAGAAACAUAGACUGGGUGAAGAAGGUAGGGGCAGCGUUAUCAUGAACGGGGAUCCGCAAGUCACGAUACGGGCCUGGUUUUGUCGAACGAGCGUUUGCAGUGGUAUUCAGGCAGUAGCCGUCUCAGAAGCCGGAACGUACAUUGAGUGUGUAUACUGUAUACGUCGUGAGCGAAAAAGGUAAGCACAGCACGCUAAAGCCGCAGAGAAACCUUGAGAGCGGACAGCAAUUCGCCGACAGGGAUCGACUGAGUUAGCGGGUUCGAAAAGAUCAUCGAGAAAAUCGGAAGGCAUCGUGACGGUGUCACAUCGAGGCGACCGACCAUAUUCCAACGAGGAACUUUCGCAGGCGAUAUCGUAGCGAAACAUAAAAACGAGACACUGGGGUGCACCCGACAGGGCGAUCCAUCUGUCUCGAUACACCCACGAACACCCGUUCAAUUUUCACGCUAGAAGGCGGCCGUCCAGCAGGGCGAUACUAUUUUAUAUGACUUUUCUUCGACGUCAAGAAACAUCCAGGAUAUCAUCCAGAGGGAAAAGAUCGGUGUACAGCAAAGGUGGCGAUAGUAGGACAUUGUCCAAGCGAUUUAUAAACGGCAACACCAUCACUUUCGCACGGUAUAAUCGUUUGUUGCGAGCAACCUGCGAGUUAACCACUCCAACCUGGUACCCAGGCAUUCUUAGUGGCACAAGCAACGGACAGGCAGCGUGUAUGAUCAUUGAAAACCACCCCCCUCUGCUCACCAAACCGAGGCAAUAUCUGUAUCAAGAUACCACCCAACGAUUUCUGAACCAUCUGGUCCUGCCUAAGCACAGGACCUCAAAAUUUUCCAGUAAUAGGCAUCGGAAGCUACAGUCGUUCAGAGAAACGUGACUGACGUCGGUGGGUAGUGCGGCUUGCCUUACCGCAGACAACGAAAAUCACCCUGACUCGACACGUAACGAGCUACCAUCGGGUAGCCAUUACCUGGCAACGUCGCUGUACAGUAAUCAAACUGCCGCUGGGAAGCGUGGAAAGUAGAUCCAGAAGGACGAGGACGAAGACGUUACCUACCUGAACCAAGCAACGAUAGAGGUCGAAGAGACCAGAGCAAGAAAGUUAGUAAACAACAACCGAA